AAGAUGGCGACCAACAGCCCCGGUCAAUCGAUACACCUGAAAUCACCCCGUAGCCCUCGUCAGCUACCGCAAUUGCCACAAAUCCCGAUCGGAGGACAGAGAAGUCCUACGCAGCUGUCGGCGGUCAAAUCACCGAGCACUCCGUUGGUCUUCGAGUUCCCGCCAGAGUAUUAUCCGGAAACACCGAACACGAACUUCGAUUUCGAGCAGUUUACCCGUGUGAACGAGACUGAUCGAGCACCCAGAAGUCCUAGUUACUACAUCCGCCAAGGAUGCAGGAGUCCUAAGAGCCCUAAUCCGGACCUGUUGCACUCUCCGGGUCGAAAGUCGCCGAUAUUCCAGUUCUGCGAGACCAGGAAGAAUCUGGGAAAGACUAUGAGCUAUCCACCUAGAAGUCCCAUACCUGGAUCGCCCAUAAUCCCAGCCAGAUCACCCAGUUCCACGAGUUUCGGCCCGAAGAGUCCGAAACCUUUCGAUCAUCGCAGGAACUCUUGCUUUGGAUUCACUGGAUCUAAGAGUCCCAUGUCUCCCACCAUAGUCACUUCUUCGUCCCAUGGACCAUGUAGUCCAAAGCACGGCGAGAUACACCUGGAACAGUUGAAUAAUGGAAAUCAUAAGAACAGCGGAUCCAGGAGGUCGUCUAUGGAAAGUUCGUUCAAAGAGAGGGAUAGCCCUAUUGAAAAGAAGGGUAGCAAGAAGGGUGGGCAUAUGAAUCGAAGUCAAGGAUGCCUGGAUGAAGCUGGAAAAAGUCAGGGUAGAACGAAGGAAGAGGACUAUGAGAAAAGCGGAAAGAGUAUGGCGAGAAGGUCGACCAGUGACUUGACGGAAAUUGGAGACGGUGAUACGGAAGUGACGCUGCUGUCCAGUCCAAGAAGAAGGGGUUCUAUGAAAGGCGGUCUAGCUUAUCUAGCGUCCAGACGCGGUUCACGCGAUAGCCAGUGUUCCAAUUUGUCGAACGUCAGCAACGAGGAUUUGGGCCCAUUAAAUUUCACCGCUCAUCCCCGAGGUAGACAAAGAAGAACCUCGAAUUUCUUGGAGCUACCCGUGCCAGAUCACAUCCGACCACGUGUGCACAGUUUGCCGGAAAAAGCGUACAAUCCACGAGCUGGGGAUGAUUUGUACAGACUUCGGGCAUUCAGCAUCACUCCGAAAGGCGUCGUUAAUCGGGGUGAUUCGAUCAUAUCGAGACGCAGCAGAAGCAACACUUCCGUCAAUAGUAGCAGAAACAGCAAUGUCUCGGGCGAAAGAUCGCCGUUCGAGGGUUCCUGUUGCAGUGGUCAAGGUGUUGGAGCUGACAGUACGGAAAGCGACGAUAUGGAAGGGAUUUCGAAGUACAGAGUCGUGUUGCUCGGGGAUUCUGGAGUUGGAAAAACUGCCCUAGUUUCGCAGUUUAUGACCAGCGAAUACAUGAACACCUAUGACGCUAGCUUAGACGACGAGUUCGGUGAGAAGACGGUCUCAAUUUUACUGGAUGGUGAAGAGUCGGAGAUGGUGUUCAUCGAUCAUCCGUGUGUAGAAAUGAGCGUGGAAAAUUCUUUAUCCACGUACGAGCCUCAUUCCUGCAUCGUCGUUUACUCCAUCGUGUCUCGUGCCAGCUUCCAGGUAGCUGAGGAAAUACUGAAUUACCUGUGGAGAGAGAAUUACACUCGAGAACGAUCAGUGAUCGUAGUGGGAAAUAAGUCUGACCUAGCUAGAAGUCGCACCAUCUCGACAAACGAGGGCAAGCAGCUAGCUACAUCGAGGGAGUGCAAGUUCAUAGAAACGUCCAGUGGGAUACAACACAACGUGGACGAGCUUCUGGUGGGCGUUCUCAAACAGAUACGGCUUCGAGAGACCCGUGACAAGAAGCUGAAACGUCAGGGUAGCAAGGGGAAGUUUCUGUCGAAAUUACACGGAAGCAAGACAGCACUCAGCUUAAAUCUGACCAGAGAAAUACUGAACAGAAUGUGUUUGAACGACAGUAAAAGCAAGAGUUGUGAGAAUCUUCAUGUGCUCUAAAGAUACUGUGAUUUUGUUUGCGAGCAACUUUAUAUCCCUUUUUUUGUCGUUAUACUUAAUUUCGUUUUUAUUAAAGGGGUUAGAAACUGUCGCAUGGGUGAGACAUCAUGUAAAAUACACUGGGUGCAGUAUUGCAUCAAAUUAUUGAAAAUUCAGUAUGAUAUGUGAUGGGCGGUCUUCCAAACGAGCACUGGUAGCGAGCUUGUUAACACGUUGUCUGCCGACCUAUAUUCACUGAUUGCCUCGCGGUGUAGCGAUCAAUUAUAAUUUUUUAAUUAUUUAAAGAAUCGUUAUCGAACACUUUAGUUCGUAGCAAGCGAGAAAGCAAUUUCAGUAUCUUAUAUUCCUCGCUUUAUGUUUACGUUUUUCAAUUAGAGAAACUUUUAUUGAAAUCGUUGGAAGUUUAAUGCUUUCAGUUACGAUCGGAACAACGUGGAAAAAUAGUUAUUCGCAACGUAUACGGAUUUUUCCGGGAAAUAAAAAAGCGAGGAUAGGUGCAUUUUGACGCGAUCGCUGUGGUAUAUUUUUCAUUGAUUUUUCAUUAUUCUUUCCACUCGCGUAACGAAUUUAAGGCUACGCGUGUUUCAGCGUGUCCCAGAAAGAGGAUGGAUGCGCAAACAGGGUAACUUUUACCCUUCCAAUCACGCCCUGUCCUUCGAAUAAUAUUUGCUCUACCUUCCGUACCGCUGCCACUGGUAAGUAAAUAUCCGCUCACAAUCGAAGAAAACAGAAUGACACGCAGAAACCUCGACAUGUUCAUACUUCAACUGGUUCGAAAGGAGAUCGUGAUUUCAUUAUUUCUGAAAAUUUCCUCCCCUUGGAAGACAUAAAAUUCUGAAGAAAUAAAUCUUCUCUUUCCUGAUGACUCGGCACGAGGCGGCCGAAAUUGCUUCUUUGCGAACACAAGGUUCAGGCAAUUUUUCACGGCCACGUAUACCAACCGGAAAUCAGUGAGAAAUUCCUCGGAGGAAUUGAUUCCGGACCGGUGUGCGUUGUACUUCGAAUUCGAUGCUCGCCAGACCUCGAAAUUAGAAUCGAGGACGAAUUGAUCACAGUACGGACGACGGUACGGGAAAAUUUGGCGGCUGGUUCGUCCACGAUUCGAUUAUUUAUUGGGAUCUAAUGGGUAACACGUGUCUCUCGCCUCUCGUGUUGCAAUACAAACUCAUUUAUACACAGAGUGGCUCUAAAAGCAUUUAGUACAAAAUAUUGCAUCGUAUCUUUCAAUUUAUAAAAUUCCAAAGUGAUAUAAUUUACAUGUAUUUUCUACUAUUACAAAAUACUAUCUCUUAUCAGAGACUGUUUCAUUUUCUACGACUCAGUGUGUUUAAUUGAUUAAAUUAUCGAGAACAGUGCAUUUUACGUGCAACGCGUGCACUCGUGUAGCCGGACAAUGAAAUAGACAAAGACUAAAGAAUAAAGGAGAAAUUUUCCGAUAAUUGUGUCUACGCGAUACAGUAGUCUCAAUUAAAGGGCUCGAAUUGAUCGAGAGAAAAAUGGUCUACCGUUCACUUCCGGAACACAAUCGAUUCGUGUCAAGGCGAAAGCUCGCGCGAAAUCGUCGCGGCAAGUUCGAUCGUUCAUUUGGCUGGCUCGAUUUUCAAAGCGUUUCCUAUUCGAGCAUCGAGCGGUGGUUCGUCUGUCGACGGAUUAAUUAAUUCAACUAAAUGGCCGAGCAGUAAUUCGAACGAUGAUUCCAUCAACGAAGUCCCUUUCUCGUUAACGCAUGACGUGUUACAUAUCGCUUUGAAAAUCGAGCUAACGAAUGAACCAGCUGGACGCUGGUUUCGUCCGGUUGAAACGACGCUGGACGUCCUAUCGCUUCGUACGACGCAUAAACGACGCAAUAUCGCGUGUAAGUGUAUAAUGUAAUCUAGCCAUUAAGCAAUUCUGUAUGGAACGAAACGUUUCACACGUCUGGGUCAUUCUAGAGAUAUUUAUCCAUAAGACUAAAUUUUCACGACUAGCAAAUAAAUCAUAAUCAUUAUUUCAUUUUCUUCUCUUUUAUUUGCUCCAAAUUUUAACGAAUUUUCAUUUAAUUCAAGAAUUGCCCGAAUCAAACCUCGUUUUCUAAUUUGCCUUCCACGUUUAGAAGAUCCUUGAUUGAUUUUCGUGGCCGCGGAUAAAUGGGUAUCGUGGAAGAAUACAGAAUACAAAUAAUGCAAUCGAGUAGGGACGGCCUAAAAACGUACAAGACGAGAGGUACGAUCUCUCCGUCAGUAUAUGUGCACGUAGACCUAUUAUAUCAUUAUUAUCAACGUUGUUUUCAACGAGGCCAAGAGAUUAUCGAUAACGAUAACGAUCGUUGAAACAACACGCGCGUCUGUUCGGUUAGAUAAGCGCUUCACAUAUCGAGCAAAGGCUUAUAAAACAGUAGAAAGAAUGGGUUGUUCGUAUUUAAUCGUAAUCACACGCGUUAGAAAACUAUAGUUGUCGUUCAUUUCUAAAGGAACAUUCGAAUGAACCAACAAGACCGAAUGAUUAUUUUCGAGGCAUCGUGAACGCCGAUAAUAGAACGGGAAAAAAAAAACAUUUCUCAAACACGUUGUUUGUCCUACGAAGUUGUGGAAACUGCAUACCUCGAAGUUACGAAUAAAACGAAAGGCUGGUCUAUUUUUAUAUAAAUACAAGUUCGUCCGACACGUUUUAUCACGACCUGUCAUUCACACGAUUGACGUUUUUCUACUGUAUAAGGAACGAUUCCGCUUCGUACGCGAGAGAAACCGUGCAGGGGGGUGAACAUUAUUUUUUUCUCCUUUUUUCAUUCCAUCGAACAAAAGAUUUUCAUUCUUUUGCCGUUGAAUACGAACGCGUACAAUGGUCGCGAAAGUUUGAAAAUCCUAUUGUCUAACAUUUGUUCGAUUAGAUAUUUCUCUCGUUUCGAGAUUUCUUCUUCGAAGUGUCCCCUCUCGCACGUUCAUACGACAAUCAACUUAUUUUGUUAACUAUCGUGUUGUACCUCGAAAUCUGUAGUAGAAUUUAGACAUUUGGUGUUUAUGUCGAAAUAAAAGCAAUAUGCCAAACAUA